GGGUUUGGUUGCAAGUUGCUAGGGUUUAAGAGAGAGCAGAAGCAGUGCAGAAAAAUGGCAAGCACCAUGAGCACGGUCUCAAGGAGGUUGUACCUGUAUCGCUCUUUGGUUUCCACCCCUAAAACAUGUCACCAUCUUCCCCUACACUUCUGCACCACCAGCCUCAUCUCAGACUCGGACGAGCCUGACUCACCACUCGACUCACCACCCGACUCAGCCUCACCCUCCGCCGAUCGAAGUGAAAGGAUCUUCUACGAUCGCCCCCUGGAGAAUGGCCUCGACGCUGGCAUUUACAAGGCCAUAUUGGUAGGGAAAGCGGGACAGGCACCGUUUCAGAAGAAGCUUAGGAGUGGAACGACGGUGACUCUGCUGUCUCUGGGUACCGGAGGGAUUCGCAACAAUCGGAGACCACUCGAUAACGAGAACCCUAGCGACUAUGCCAAUCGCUCUGCCGUUCAGUGGCAUCGUGUUGCCGUUUAUCCUCAGAGAUUGGGACUGCUUCUCAUGCAACGUCUUCUUCCCGGUUCAAUAUUGUAUGUGGAGGGAAACCUGGAGAGUAAAGUUUUUGCGGAUCCCUAUACUGGUCUUGUCCGUCGAAUUAGAGAAGUUGCUGUUCGUCAAAAUGGUCGUGUUGUAUUUUUAGGUCAAGGCGGCGAUGCUGAGCAACAGACCCAACAAAAUGACCUGAAAGCUGUUGGCUAUUACUAAUGUAGGUGUGUGAAAUGGGAACAUUCGACUUAGCAAUGUUGAAUUUUCAAUUUUGUAAUUAUAUUCUUGUUUUUCAUUGCAAAGUUUAUUGAGACAUUUAUCAUAAGGGGAACUCUUGGUUUGAGUGAUCUAGGACUUACCAUAUGCAAUUCUGGGGAAGCAUAGAGCUCAAGUGACAACUGGAUGCUUCCAGGACCAGACCUUCAUUUUACCCCACGUCUGUCCCUACCAGUCUUAGAAGUUUUGGGCUAAGGCAACUGGAUUCUUGUUUGUUAAUGAACUUAUAUUCCUUCCAAGUAUUUUACACUCUUACCAAACUUCU